GGGCGCUGUGGCGCGCCUCCGCGCUCUCGCCCCGGAACCAGGGUCCCGCAGGUGCUGUCCGGAUGCGGCGUCUACGACGGGACUGAGCUCCACGAGGCCUCAUCGAUCCUGGUUCACCUGAGCCGUGGUGGGGCCGAGGUCCAGAUCUUUGCUCCUGACAUCUCUCAGAUGCACGUGAUUGACCACACAAAGGGGCAGCCUUCUGAGGGUGAGAGCAGGAACGUUCUGACAGAGUCGGCAAGGAUUGCCCGUGGCAAGAUCACCGACCUGGCCAAGCUCCGUGCCGCUGACCACGACGCUGCCAUCUUCCCCGGGGGCUUCGGAGCUGCCAAAAACUUGAGCACGUUCGCCGUGGACGGGAAAGACUGCCGGGUGGACCGAGACGUGGAGCGCGUCCUGAAGGAGUUCCACCAGGCCGGGAAGCCCAUCGGCUUGUGCUGCAUCGCCCCUGUCCUCGCGGCCAAAGUGCUGAGCGGCAUCGAGGUCACUGUGGGCCACGAGCAGGAGGAAGGCGGCAGGUGGCCAUACGCUGGGACUGCGGAGGCCAUCAAAGCCCUGGGCGCCAAGCACUGUGUGAAGGAAGUGACCGAAGCUCACGUGGACCGGAAGAACAAGGUGGUCACCACGCCGGCCUUCAUGUGCGACACCGCGCUGCACCACGUCCACGACGGGACCGGGGCCAUGGUGAAGGAGGUGCUGGAGCUCGCCCGAAAGUGAGGCCACCGCCGGGCCAGCUCGCGCCCUGGCCGAUGGCUCCCCUCUCAGCUUGAGAGGGGCGGGACUUUAUUUCUCUGCUUAAAUCUGUGUUUUCUUUCUAAAGAGGGAGCUGGUGCCACAUGGGUCAGGGGCAGACAGCGUGAGGCCUUUCCUCCUGGUGGGGAGGGCGGCGGGCAGUGGCCACUGGAUCAGAGGCAGCCUCAGAAUUGAAAUCAAGUCUGCUUUUCAGCAGGAACCUCAGGUAGAGAGAGGUGACCCUGCAGCCCUAAUAAUCAGGAAACCAAAGUACCACGAUUAUCGCUAGUUAAAGACGCUCUGAUCCGGAGCAGAUAAGAGCUGAUCAGGACAGUCGGGCUUUGUGGAGCAGGCAUGCCCUUUGGCUGGUGAGAAUGAGCCCCUCCCCCAGAUGGACUCGGGCAGCCCCCUUUCAGGCCUCCUGGGACUGGCCGACUAGGAAUAUGCACGAAGCUUCUCAUGUUAGGGGUGGGCACUCAGCCGUGUGUCGGCCUGCGGGUGGGGCAGUGCAGUUGGCCCCGGGCCCCGAGCUGGGUGGAUGGAAGAUGGUGCAGGAGGAGCAAUAAAGUGUGGCAGCUCGUUGGCUGGUGCUUUC